GCUGUUCGUGAUCACAAUUCAUGAAUCGUCUGCUAUUUUUAUCAAAUAAAAAGUUCAAUUUUUAUGUUGUAAGGAAAAGUGAAAAUACAUUACUAUUGAGAACGCAGUUACUAAGCUAUUUUCUUUUGUUUCGAAUUUUUAUUUAGUGCGGUAAUAUCUGAAAAAACGUUCAAAAUAAUACUGCAGUUAACAUUAAAUAUACGUUUAAUUAUGUAUGUACGCGUAGACUGCGAAACCUGCCCAGUUUAUAUUGUCAGCUGAAUAAAUAGCUUUAUGUCAUAAUGGCUGAUUUAAAUACUCCCAUGGAAGUGGAUGAAAGUACUGUCUCAAAAGAUUCCGAAAAACAUGUAAAUAUAGUUCCAGAAUGGUUAGAGAAAUUUAAAUCUGAUACUCUAAAUGAAAUUGAUUUCCGAAAGUACUGGAAGUAUUGGGUUGCACGUUUACUGAAACCUGAAAUUCAUGUAAGUUCAUUAGAAUGGUCAUUUAAUGAACAAAAAACUGAAAAAAUUUUGUUCAACACCCUUGAAGAAUUUAUUUGUGAUGGAAAUAGUAUUGAAGUUUUACGAGGUCUUACUCAGCAAAAUUAUCCACCUUCUGUUUGUGGGCGUGUAUUUAAAAUGGGUGAACCAACAUAUAAUUGUCGAGAAUGUGGAAUGGACAGUACUUGUGUUUUGUGUGUUGAUUGCUUUAAAAAAUCUUCUCAUAAAAACCACAAAUAUAAAAUGGGAACAUCAUAUGGCGGGGGGUGUUGUGAUUGUGGUGAUGUAGAAGCAUGGAAGCAAGAUGCUUAUUGUCAAACUCAUAAACUAGGGUUAGAGAAAAAGCAUGAUAACAUAAACAUUUUGACAAUUGAUAUGGAAGCAAGAGCUCGAUUAAUUUUUGAAUAUGUCCUUCGUUAUGCUCGUAGUCUUCUUACAUUAGAACAUCCACCUAUGCUACCGGUAGAAUUAGACUCUGAAGAUAUUGCAGAUGAUUUGUAUAGUAUUUACAAUAAUCAAGAGGAUAGCUUUUGUACUGUUUUAUAUAAUGACGAGACCCAUACUUUUGAUCAAGUAAUAACAACCCUUACCAGGUUUAUUAAGUGUCCUCAAAGAGAAUCAAUUGAUUAUGUUACAUCUAUUGAUCGUGAAGGUAGAGCAGUUGUCAAAUGUGCUGGCUUUCUGCAUUGUAAGGAUUUAAAGGAAGAAAUUGAAAAAUAUACAUCACGCCAUGGAGGUAAACCUUUAAAAACUGUUGUUGUUCACUCUCAUGUUAUUGCUCAUCAAAUUUAUGCACUUCGACUCUUAACCUGGAUGCAAAAUUUAUUAGGGUAUUCGGAACGUUUAAGAGCUGUUUUUUCAGAAGUAGUUUUAACACCUAAGCUAUCAGAAAGUUGUAUUGUAGAAAGUAUUCUACGUAAAGACACAGCUUUGUGGAAAUCUGCAAGAUUACAUUGGCAUAAACUAUUUAUUGCUGGAAUGUUUAUUGAAUAUAAUAAUAAAAAAGAAUUUGCAAAAGUUUUUACUAAAAAUUAUGGGGCUAUUAUGAAAGACUUUAUUAAUGAUGAUCAUGAUUAUUCAUAUUCUGUUGUAUCAUUAGGUGUUCAGAUUUUUACUGUUCCCACCUUAGCUAACUACUUAAUGGCUCAUCAUGAUGUUUUAUAUCAGUUAUUAAACACAUUUCUUUCAGAAUGUUCACACAAAGUAAAUAAACAAGGAAAAUUAGAAUUUGAACGAAAUACCUCAACAAUGCCUUUUAAAAGAGCUCAACAGGUUCUUGGUGAUAUUCGUUAUUUGUUGGGAUUUGUUCCUGAUAAAUGGAAUCCAGAAUUAAGAGUAUCUUUUUGUCAUGCUGUAUCAUUGGUGCUCAAGAUACUAAAUUAUAUGCAGAAUAUGGAUACAGUAACUAGGCAAGUAGGUCAACACAUGGAAUAUGAACCAGAAUGGGAAACAGCAUUUAAUUUACAUAUAAAAUUAAGACCAUUGAUAACUAAAAUAUUACUGUGGUGUGGUUCUGACUGUUUAGUUUUGAAAAAAGUUUACAGAAUGACUUUGAAGAAGAUUUGGGAAAAUCCAAUUGUAGAUCCUAACAGACCCACAGUUGUAAAAGAACUAAUUGAUCGUAGUGUUACUUGCAUAGAUUAUGAUGUUUCAACUGAACCUGUUUCUAUACAUCUUCCAUUAUCUAGAUUUCUUGCCGGAUUACAUUUAUAUUUGGACCGUUAUGGUCUAAGUUUUGACCAUCCAGAUUUGCAAACAGCUAGACAAACUCCUGAACAAAUAAUUGAACCUGUUCUCCGAGCUCAAGUAUUAAUUUCUCAAGUACAUGCUGGUAUGUGGAGACGAAAUGGUUAUUCUUUACUAAAUCAAAUUUAUCUUUAUCACAAUGCUAAAUGUCGCAUGGAGAUGCUGGAUAAAGAUAUUGUAUUACUACAAAUGGGUGCAUCAUUGAUUGAUAGUAAUGAAUUUUUAAUUCAUGUUUUAAAUAAAUUUAAUUUGCUUAAAUGGGCUCAACCUAAUUUUGAACUUAAUUUAUUAAAUGGCACAGAAGAUGAAUCAAUUCGACAGACUAUUAGUCUUGUUGAAGAAUUUCUGACUCUUAUUAUUACUAUUGUUGGUGAACGAUAUACUCCUGGAAUUGGUCAAGUAAGUUUUGACGAUUGUAUAAAAAAAGAAGUAAUACAACAACUUUGUGUAGAACCAAUGCCACAUUCAGAAUUAAAUAAAACACUUCUUCAUAUUGUGGAUGAUGAAGAAUGUUUAGAAAAAGUUAUAAAUGAAGUUGCAGUAUUUAAAAAAACACGAGGAAAAGGUGUUUAUGAAUUAAAAGAAAAAUUUUAUGAUGAUUAUAAUGUAUUUUUUUAUCAUUAUUCAAGAGAAGAUAUGUCUAAAUCUGAAGAAGAACAACGUAGAAGAAGAAAGACAGCUGGUGAAUUAGAAUGUUGUCCUCCUCCAAGUUUGCCUCUAUUCAGUGAUGCAUUUAAAAGUGUUGCAAAUAUUUUACAAUGUGAUAUUAUGUUUUAUAUCAUGAAAUUAAUUUUAGAUAGAACUGUGAAUUUGAGGAGUAGAAGUUUUUCUGAAUCUCAGUUACAUAAAGUUUUACAUCUUAUUGGUUAUGCUCUUCAUGAAGAAGAAAAGCAAUCAAAUUCAUCAUUUAAUUUCACUGAACGUUCUGAAUUAUAUGGAUUAGAAGGUGCAUUAGAUGACCUUAGAAAAAGUCCAAGAGUUGAAGCUUAUAAAGAUUUAUCUGUAUGGACGUUAAAUAAAUUUAGGCAAGUAUCAGCACCUAGAAGAAAAGGUAAAAAAACUGUGGAAGUAGAAAAAAUGGAUGAUGAUAAAAUUGAAGAUGCUGACCUUGAAAAACAAAAAAGAGCAAAAUUGGCUGCUGAACGGCGAGCAGCUGUAAUGGCUCAGAUGGCACAAAUGCAAAGUAACUUCAUGAAAGAUAAUGCAACACUGUUUGAAAAUACACCCACUUAUUCUGAAUCAUAUCAAGACUCUAUUAAUAUGGAUAUUUUAGAAAAUAUUGGCGAACUCUCUGUAGCACUUGGACCAUAUCAAACUAUAUCGAGUACAUUUGACAACAGAUAUACUUGUAUAUUGUGCCAAGAAGAACAAAUAGUAACACAUGACAGUCAAGCUAUGGUUUUAGCCACAUUUGUACAAAAAUCAUCUGUUCUCUGUCAAGUAAGAUGUAAUCCAGAAACCUUCAUUGACAAUACUCCUGAUCCAUAUUAUAUACCAGCCAAUUUUGGUCCAUCACCUCAUAUCUCUACUUGUGGACAUGUUAUGCAUGUUGCAUGCUGGCAAAAACACUUUGAUAUGAUUUUGGCUAAAGAAAAUCGCAGACCAUAUAGAUUAAGGCAUUCAUUAAGUUUUGAUGUACAUAAAAAUGAAUAUUUAUGCCCAUUAUGUGAAGGAUUAUGCAAUGCAGUUAUACCAUUAUUACCACCUAUUUCAAGUUUUACCGAACCAGAAAAUAUGAAAACAUUUGAAAAUUUAUCAUUUGAAAAUUGGUUAGAAGGAUUAAACAUGGCAUUAAAACAAAGCAAAGUAGCUAGACCAAACAAUACCUCUCAAGAAAAAGCAACAUCUGAAUCGACUUCUUCUACUAGAUUAUCUACUAGUCCAGACAUAGAACCAGAAAGACAAAGGCGAAUUCCUGCUAGACGAGAUGCGUUAAUGCAACAGCAUGCUGUUGCUAAUUUAGUUGCUGGUAACAACUUGGGUCAAAUAAUUGUAAUUAGAGAUAGUGGUGAGUUUCAGCCAGAUGAUGAGGAUGAAGAAGAAGAAGUUUUACCUCCCCCAAAUCAAUUUUCAAUAGGAACUAAUGAUUUCAUUAUGCAAAUAUUAAUGUUUGACAAAUCAUCACCUACAUCUGUACCAAAAGUUUCAAUCUAUAAGAAUAGUGAACUUUCAACCAGUUUAGUUGAUACAAUUUUGAAAUUUGCUCAUAGUACUUACUCUAAAGGAACAGGUGUAAAUCCACAUCCAGAUAAUAACCAAAUUCCUUUAAUGACUUGGAAAGCUUGUGCAUAUACGAUACACUCAAUUGAAGUAAUAUUACGAUAUAAAAACAAACCACUUUUAGGAGAUUUAUGUUGCCGACAAAAAGAUUGUUUAGAAGCAUUGGUACGUAUUUCAGCUGUUCUUAGUUCAACAUGGAAAAAAGAACAUGAAAUAAAUCUUCAUGCACUUCGAUUAUUAUCUUUAGCAAUUGAUAAUGGUGGUAAUAACUCAAUAGGAAUUCUUGACUGGGAUGCAUUUGGAAUGUUAGUUUCAUUAACCAUGACUUUACCUAGCUUAUAUUAUACAGAAGUACCAGGCCCUGCUCCUAGAGGGACUAUGUUAGACCUUCAUACUUUACUUCUGAUGUUUAUUGUAAAUAUUGUACAAAUUAUAUUAACAAUUGAUAUUAACGAAGAAACUGAAAAUGUGCUUGAAAUUGAUCUGGAAGAAGCUAAAGAUACAGCUUGUAUAGCCAAGUUAGUGAGCAAGCUUCGUGGUAUUAAUAUUAAAAAUACAGUUGCUAUUUGGAACAAAUUGGAGAUUUUUUCAACGCCAUUUUUGAGAUGUUGUACAUUGUUCUAUCAUUUCCUAACUGGUGUACCUGCUUCGGGUGUUUUAACAGAAGUUAAAGGUGAUACUUAUCAUAAUAUGUGUUGUUAUUUAGGACUUCCAACUACAUGUAGAGAACUUUUAGACAAACCAUUUGUGGAAGUUUUAAUAAACAAAUGGAUAACAAAUGAUAAAAUUGUUAAGAUUAGAAAUGGUGAAAAAAUACCAUUCAAAAAUUGGACACAAGUUAAUGAAUUAGUUCAACUGCCUGAUGAUUAUAGUGAAUUAAUAAAUACUGUGUCAAUGUUCACUUGCCCUAACAGUGACCAUGAAGAUUCAAGGAAUCCAACAAUGUGUUUAGUGUGUGGUGCCAUGCUUUGUUCUCAGAGUUAUUGUUGUCAAACUGAGCUUAAACGUCUUUUGGUUGGAGCAUGCUCAAGUCAUGCAUAUACAUGUGGAUGUGGAGUAGGAAUUUUCUUACGAGUUAGAGAAUGUGAAGUUUUGUUAUUAGCUAGUCCAAACAAAGGGUGUUUUAUCACUCCACCAUAUCUUGAUGAAUAUGGAGAAACUGAUCAAGGCUUGAAGCGGGGAAAUCCAUUAUUUCUGUGUAAAGAUCAAUAUCGUAAAUUACAAAUUUUAUGGUUAGGCCAUGGAUUACAUGAAGAAAUAUCACGAUAUUUGGAUUCAACACAUAAUCUUAUACCUACUACCUGGCAACAUAUGUAGAUUAUUACUUUUUAGCUCUGUCUUGCCAUUUAAUAUUUUUGAUAAUUUACUGUACACUAGGUAAUAGUUUUCCAAUACAAAAUUUAAACACUCAUGAUGUUAUAAAUAUCUUCAAAUAUUAAGCCUGAGAAUAAAUUUGUUUAAAUUUUUUUAUUUUAUUUAUUAUUAGGACUGUAUUUUAGUAUGUAUAUAACUAUGUAUACAUAUGAUUGACAAAAUGUUUAAUAUUUUAUUACAAUAUUAGGAAUAUUAAUGUAAUGUUAAUUUAAAUACUUUAUUAAUAAUUUUUCAUUUUAACAGUAUACAUAUUUUGUGUAAGUAUCGUUAAAGUGUUAAUGUGUAAUUUAUUAUAUUAAAGCAAAUAAAACUAUAAAAUAUUAUAAUGGUUACCAUAAAUGUAAUCGGUGAUUAGAAUAUAUUAAUAAAUAUAAAGGUUGAUAUGAUAAAUAACAAGAUCCAAUUACACUGAUAAAAUAUUUAACUAAUGUUUUGUUUUAUAUAUUAUUUUUAAAUUGACUAAUAAACAAUAUAUAUUGUAUAAAAUCACAAUUAUGUUACUUUAAUAAUAAUUUUUACUUGAUUGUUAAUAUUUUUAAAUAGUUAUGUCUUAUAUCUAGAUAACAUUUAUUUUUAUUUUAUAAACAAAACUAAAUGUGAAUGACAAAAAAAUGAUUUUCUUAUAUAUUUAGAACUACAUUAUAAUUAUAAGCAUCAA